AUGUUUUAUUCUCAGACGUUUUUGGCGCGAAAAGGGCGGCUUUCAACUGUUUGGAUUGCUGCUCAUCUUCAUCACAGACUCAAGAAAUCUCAAUGCACAUCCACUGAUAUCCCUUCCACCGUUCAACAUAUAAUGGAUCCCGGGGUUCCCAUUGCAUUGAGAAUGUCAGCUCACCUACUCUUAGGUGUUGUUCGUAUUUAUUCGAAGAAGGUUGAUUAUCUUCUCAACGAUUGCAAUAUUGUUCGAACUGUUUUAUACAAAGUAUUUGCUGCCGUAUCAAAUCAUAAUUUACCUGAGGAUGGAAUGCAAGCACCUGUUCAUACUAUCACCAUGCCAUCCACUUUUGAGCUAGAUGCGCUUAGCUUGAGCAAUGAAAUGGAUUUUAAUGGGUAUGAGGAUCAUCACAUGAAGAGUCUAGAAGAUAUUACUCUUGCAGAUCAAAAUCCUACUGUACUGGAGAAUUACGUGACUAUACGUUUCGAUGAGGACACAACAUUUAGUUCUCCCAACACACAACUUCUUCCAGAUUCUGAUGCAAGACCAAUAGAGGAAGACAUUAUUCGUCAAUCUCCAUUGACAAACAGAGCAGAUUUUCAAGAUGUUGGUCCAAGUUUACAUACAGAGUCACAUGCUACGGAUCAUAGUGGUGAUGAACAUGCUACCACUCAUGAUUAUGAUGCUAUUGGAAAUCUACAAAACUCUGGGUAUAAUGAUACCGACCUCAAUAAGGAUCUCAACCAAAAUAUGAAUGAAAAGGAUCCGAUUCCUGAAAUGGUUGAUGAGACCUGUGUUGAACCCUCAUCAAUUCGACAAGCUGGUCCAUCAACUCCAGUUGCUUCUCAAGAUGGUCCUUCAGAUGAACAAGUUUAUGGAGGGAAAAAUUCAGAACCAACUAUAGGGCAAGGUUCUCUACAGGUUAGGGUUCCUCCUAGCCCUCAAAUAGAGCAGGUGCAGGAUCAGAAGCAACAAAGAGGAAGGAAGAGAAAACAAUUCUUCGAUGAUCCCAUCGUGUUAACAAAUAGAUUCAUGAGGGAAAACCUUAAUAAUACUCACAAUAUAUUGCGGAAGAGAAAAGACGGUCCUUCCUCUCUGGAUACAUGGAAGCUGAAAAACAAACGAUUAAAAGAGAAUAUUUUUGACCAACCUUUAUUUAGAGGAGUAUGCAAUGAACUUAUAAACAUACACAAUAGGGAAUAUAUAUGUUCAAAACCCCACUUGGUCAUCUCUGAGGAAGAAGAUCAUAUGGAUAGUAGUACUAGUACUCCUCCAAUUAACCAAAUUGUUGAUGAGCCAAUGACAGAUGCACCUGAGAUUAUUGAUAAUGCACCUGAGAUUAUUGAUAAUGCACCUGAGGUUAUCAUUAAUACGCCAAUAGACGCACAGGAAACUGAAAUCGGCCGUCACAUUGUUAAUGCUCCUUCUCAGAAUAUAGACACUGAACCCAUUAUUGAUGGUACUAACAAGAGUCCUGUUAAAGGAGAUGGUGCGACACCUACUUCAGUUUCUGAGGCAUCGGAGAGGCCAUAUGGUGCGACUUCACCUCGUGCUCGUAUAUCCGAAAUUGGAUCCCCUAGCACUUAUCAAGAUAGCACAUUUCAGAACUACGACAUGACAGAUUUUCUCGAUACUAAUACACUGAACGAUUCUGCUGAAAAAGGAGAGUUUUCGUUUCUUGAAGAAGAGAACAACACACCGGCUACUGCCAGCUCACAAAGCACAAGCACAACAAGUAUUGGCUCAUUGACCGGAAGGGCUAGGGGUCUAGCUAAAUAUUUAAGAGAUUAUUCUCCAUGUACUCCAAUUCCGGAGCAGCCUGCUGAAGAUUUUAGCUUGAACAAGAUGUUGGAAGGAAAAACUAGAAAGAUUGCUGCUCGAAUGUUCUUUGAAGUUUUGGUGUUAAAGACUCAUGAUCUUAUUGAUGUAUACCAAGAGGAGCCUUAUGGUGAUGUCAGCUUCAAAUUGACUCCAACACUUUCAAAUGCUAAAAUUUGA